CCAAAGGUGGAACAAACACAGCAGCUCCCUGAGAUAAACACAGGACAGGAGGAAAGGGGGGAGCUGGGAAUGAACAGAGGGCCCUGCUGUGCUGUGCGCAAGGGAGGGGGCAGGGAGCAGCCCUCCUGGGUGGCCCCUCCCCUCUCAGGACUCCUUUGUGACUCUCUCAGGCUCUGUGAUGGAGGGAGGGGUAUAUAGUUACACUGCCGCACCCUAAGGACUCAGUUGCCUCAGGCAGCCUUGCCAUUCAGAUUAUGGAGAAUGUUUUCUCUUUUCUGAAUAGCCACACUGAGCCACAGCUGAACUUUGGCUCCACUUUCUUGGAUACAGACCCCAACUACACUUUUCUAACUGCAGUGGGGUGGCUCUCUCUUCUGGUCCUGUGCUACUUGUUCCUGAAAUCACAUUUACCAGCCCUCUGGAAAGACAAAGACAUCCAAAAGCGACAGGUCAGAGCCAAAAGGAGAACAAGAAGUAGAACAGUGAGAAGUUGGAGGACAAGCCAAAGAGAAGCAGAAGAGGAGAGGAAGCUGCUUUCUAUUCUGACAAGCUUCCCGGGCCAGCACCAUGACAUCACACACUUCAGACAACUGCUGUGUGCAGACCCCUCUGUGAAGUGUGUAAUACAACAACAGCUGCGGUCAGUCGUCUGCUCUCUCGGGCAUCCCCGGAAGCGGCUGCUGACUUUGUAUGUCACUCGUCACCCACUGCUUCUGUGACAAAGUCAUCAUUUACUCCGACCUCUGCCAACCCAGCAGUUUCUCCAGGGCGCCCAGCUCCAGCCCCUCUGACUGAGCCUUCUCUGCUUCCGCCCUCCAUUCUCCCUCCUAACCAGGUCGCCUCUUUAGCAGAUCCACUUUCACCCUCAGCGCAAGGUGCCUCUGUGGCUCCAGAGCCCAGUUCUCCCUCAGAGUCCAGAUUCCCAGUGGGCCAAACCCCGGCAGAGACGCCUGCCACCCCCCAUCCCCGCCACAUCGCACCCAAGGAAAGGAAACUGUUUUCCAGCCAGAAGCCACUCUGUCCCUUGAUGACAGCUCUGAUGACUUGUCCAUUGAUGACCUCCGUUCUGCGGAAGCCUCCUUUGGGGGACACAGCACAGCCCAGCAGAUAAAACCUGGAUCCCCGAGGUUUCUCAGAUCUGAUAACCCUCCUCUCCUUGAGAGAGAUACCAAAAAGACAGAUGAUUUCCUGUUGUGCAGUGAACAAGAAAAAGGAACAAAAUCUUUUGCAAAACAACAUGAGGCAGACUACCCACUGACUACUUCAGGGAAAAGGCCAGAAUCAGCUGCAGAUCAGCAGCACUCUGCACCCACCUCUCCUCUUUGGAUCAGUGAAGGCAAACCAGAAGAGCUGCACAUCAAUCAGAAGCUUGCAGGUCCUAAGAACUUGGAGGAUCAUUUAGAGCAAAACUAUAGCCAGUUCUGCCAUCUUCUGGGUCUGCUCCGUCAGUCACUGAAUCCUCUUGUCCCUACCUCAGGUGACCCCUUCAGUGAAGUCUCCUACAUCUCCAAAGCCCAGGAGUCCCCAAUCCUUCCCCCACACACCUCCUCUCUUCUUGCCUGAGGACCAACCUCAGUCCUUGUCCCAUAUUCUGCCGGAGUCUCAAGCCCAACAUCUCAGUCUUGUGCAGGUACAGGGCCAGCUUCAGUCCCCAACUCCAAUCCUGCUAGAUUCUCCUCCAGACAAGAACAGACCCCAUGAAGUGUGUUUUCAUAGCACGCAGAGUGAGGUGCAGUCUCUCACAGUAUCUGAAAUACACAACCUAGAAUGUAAUGCUCUACUGGGAGGACAGGAAAGUGUAUGGGACUUGCCUUCUGUGAUCCCAAACUCUCAGGAAGAUGUUUGUCAUUCAGCUCUCAAGCUUUCGUCGGUCACCCAGUCCUCCAAAGCUCAUAUGCCAGGCCCCACCCUUCCAAAAGAUUCCACCUUCAACACUGAGCCGAGGAAGAAACCAGAGUACCACCUUCAAACAAAACUCAGUCCACACCAGUGGGGCUUGGCCCACAGAGCUCCUAAGUCUCCAUCAGCAGUGUGUGCUCAGGAACAGGGUCCUGUAACCUCUGAGUCAAAGGGUAGUCAUGGGCUCUCCUGCCUUUCUUUGCUUAAGGGUCAGAGCAGCAAAAAUCUUGAUAAUUUUGACUUGAGCAAACCCAGCAUUCAUGAGAGGAACCAAGAAAAGCUUCUUCUGGACAAGGGAAUGGGGAAGAAACAAGAACAUAGUCCAGAGAUUGGCUCCAAAGAUAAUCUGUUGAGUGACCUAGGUGAGAAUUCAGAAAGUGUUCUGGGCUGUGGCUCAGAGACAAACCUGGAAAGUCACCUGGAGAGGCUGACAGGGAAAACCUCACAGGCAUCACGUGUGAGUUUAAGACAGAAACAACUUACAAAAGACUUAGAUGUACAUUUGGGCAAGAAAUUUGAGGAAAUGUGUAAGGGUCACAUCCCUGACACCGUGCAGAGAUCAUGGUAUUCUACCAAUCUGACACCUUCUUUACCUGAAAAAUCCCCCAGACAAAUAAAAGACAGACAUCUGGCACCAUUGGUGGGUAAGGGUAGAUACCUGAAUACCUCUCAGAAUAUUUCCUCCCUCAGCAACAGCAAACCAAAGAUGUUGGUAAGUCAGUAAGACUUUUCAUACCAGAAUGGUGUGUGACCUUCCACACAAGAUCCAGAAAUCCACAGAAAUCUUCAGCACAAAAAAGGACCCAUCUCUGGCCCUUUCUGAUUCCCACUUUCCCACAUCAGACAAUAGUGUAUCUGGGGUGCAUCCUAAAAUAGGGGUCUACAAGUCCCCUAGAGGAGGUGCCAAUGCUUUCCAAGCACAAAAUGUGAUAACAACUAAAUCAGUUUUGAAUGGUCCUUGCCCUGUCUCCUCAUCUGUGAGCAAGGAAGGACAGGGCCGCCUGAAACGGUCACAUUCUUCUACCAAACAUGAGCUUACUUCGAACAUCUGGGCAGCGAAGGAUGGCACACAGACCUUUUUGCCCCCUGGACACAACAACGUAGACAAAUCAAGUCAGAAGCAGAUUUUACAAGCCAAGAGAAGAAGCCCAAGGCCUCCCACAAGGCUGGCUGGAGCUAGACCUGAGAUAAGGGAUAAGGGAAUGAGUUCUAGGCGUGACACAGAAAUGCUUCAGAAAAAAACGACAGUGAAGUUAGAACAUUUCUCUGUAUGUGACCAGUCCAAGGAGACUUUCAAAGCACAAGAGCUCUGUGUUCCUCAAUCACAGCCUAGUAACAUCUUGAUGACCAGUAAAUCAGGAGGCAUACUAGGGAGGGAUGUGAGAACAAGUAAACCAGAAACUCCCCCGACCACUGAAAGACCUCUAAGAAGAACAGCAGUUUCCCAAGACCUCAAGUCAUCAAGCUGUAAAAACAAGCCGUUUAAAGAGUUGAAGUUUGAAAUGAGAGCAGGAAGCAAAGCCAGGUUCGGGGCCUACACACUGAUGUGUCCCUUGCCUCCAGUAACUUGAAUAUCAAGACCUUAUGCCAUCAUGACCAGGGUGCUUCCUGUGAGGACAGAGCAGCUUCCCAGGCCAACAUAAAAACCCACAUGCGGCGAGGGCAAAAGCCCAGGACCCUCAAGAUGUCUUAUCCAAGUACCAGGACAAGAAAUUCCCUCUAGCAGAAAAGAGGAUGUGUCCUCUGACACUCAAAACAGGAGAUCCUGGUGGGGUGAGUGCAGGGCUGGAUGCAUACCAGUGCAGGAGGAGGAACCGCCUUCACAAAGAUAGGACACUAGAAAAGACUCAUGGGAGCAAGUCCUCCCCAACUCUGUCACUGAAGGGGCCAGCCGUCUCCUCUUGAAAAUCUUUUCAAAACUAAGAUGAAACACUUUUUCCAAUGGCUUUGCCCUACUAUGAAACACAGAGCACAAGAAAGCUCCAAGGACAAGACCAGUGCCCUGUCAUCCCGUGUGCAGAGCAGGGGCCUGGGUAGAGGGAGAGCUGGCUUUAUGGGGAACACCAAAGAUUAGAAAGUCAGCAGAGGCUUUGCAAAGUUCCUUCACCAGAAUUUGCAGGAAGAUCGCUUUCUUCUCCCAAAAUAAUUUCUUCUUUGUUGAAAAUAGUGUUCCCAAUAAAUGUCCUAAUAAAGUGAU